GAGAUAGUUUUGGCCAUCACAGCGGAGUACACAGACUGGGCCAGACCCGUGCAGCAUCCGGUCAACAUCCGUGAUCUGACAGCUGAAGCUCUGUAUGACGCUGGCUUCGUAUCCCCCGUCACUGUGUCAGCCAACCAGCUCUACACCCCCGCCAGGUUCACCUACCUUUACGUCCUCGACUACCGAGCUGACGAGCCUGACCCCGUGACUGGCCCUGACACUAUACUGAACGAGCUAGUGUAUGUUUUCGGGGCGCCUCUUGGGUCCCUGGGACCUCUCUCCUCCGGUCUUAACUUCACUAACACGGAGGUGGCCCUGAGUGAGGCAGUAAUUACCAUGUGGACCAACUUUAUCAAGACAGGGAACCCCAACGAGAGUGGGGCUGGAGAGGGCUGGGCUAUUCCGAAAGAGAAACAACGGUACCGUACACAGGACUGGGCCAACUAUGACCCCAUACACAGGAGAUACCUCGACCUUGGAGGGAGGGGUCGUGUUCGUGACCACUACCGUGCCGGUCGUGUGGCACUGUGGUCGUGGCUAGUGCCAGGUCUGGAGAGGGUUGGCUCUCGUUACGGGCCAGAUUCUCCAUUCCACCGACUGCCUAAUUACCUUCAGCCGGAUACCUUCUCCGGACCCACACGCCCAACUAAUCUCUCCAGCAACUUCCUGCCCCCUCCCACCACCCAGCCACCCACCACCCAACAGGUGUCCACGCCCGCCCACAGUACACUCCGGCCCACACAGCAAGUUAUCCUCAAUAGCAGUAGCGUUGCAGGUCUUCUGGAAAACCUUGACUCUAAUCCCAAACUGCAGAGUGGCUUCCCUUACACCACGGCUCUCAGCCUCACAGUGGCAAUUGGCUGCUCUCUCCUCAUCCUAAACCUGCUGGUGUUCGCUGCUGUUUAUUACCGUAGAGACAAUUCCCGUCAGGCGUUUAGCAAAACUAGCCACGACGGAAGCAGCGACAGUGGAAACGACGUUCAGCUUCACCCUGCAUGCGAACCUUGCAAACCCAUCUCACCGUCGCACUACGGCACUCUGCGUUCGUCCGCGACGCUGCGAAGUAGCCUGGCUACUUCCUUCGAGGGAGACCCACAGCACGAGUGGCCACCAGACUACACCAGCAGCUGCCAGGGCGGUGAAGACGGUCCCCUGUGCGCUCCGAGCAGCCAGUGCUUGAUGCCAGGGACUGGCCAGCCACACAACGGUACAGCCUCUCGACGCAGCGUGCAGAGACAGACUCUUUCCUAUAAUCCCCACGUCGACACCCAGCUCUCGCCCACCUCCUACACUCACGACGACACCCCAGAUAUGCAUGUCUGAGGCUACACCUGCCGACUAUAUGAACGUGUUGUGGGAUCCCUCUCUGCAUGGAACCGUUCAUCUCUUUACUGUUUAUGUGUGGCGAGGGAGUCACACCAGGCCAACACAUUAUAUAUAAGUGAACUAUAAAAAACAUUAUAUUUAAUAAUCUGUUAUAUAUUAAAAGGAACACCUUGAAUGUUGAGUGUAUUGCACAAUGAGGUAUAUAUACACUCACUAAGUGACUCUUUUGAAUGGAAAUAUAUCUAUGUUGGAAUAUACUUCGCUCAAGAAUUCUGGAGUGUUUGGUGAAUGCUAUUGCUACAAUCACGGUGAAGCGACAAAACCCUUAUAGACCAUAACAGAACCUGGGAAAUGGGAGACAAUCGGGUUUGGCCCCGAGGAAGGACAGAGAAGAUCUAAUGCCAAAGAUCAAGAGCCUUCACUAUCAUCAAGGAGCCCAUAUUGAAGAGGAAUAUUCGGUUCAAACCUCCAUGAACACUUAACUCGUCGUGGUCCAUAAGACCUUCAGAUAUUUAGAGGUCGCCACAGAUCACCAGAGGUCAACACAGGUCACAAGAACAUCUAGAGCCAACCAGAGAGCCUCCAUCACUGGCAUUUGACUUAAUUAUGAAAUCAAUUACUAAUAAUUUAAACAAAAUAUCAUUUCGUGUAAAUGAUAUUUUGUUUCUCAUGAGAAAUGUGAAUAUUUUUCCUGACUGUGUUUGCUAGUUUGGAUACUUCUCAAUUAUCUUUUUAUUAACCAUAUUUAAGCAAAAUCACCAUUAAAAUAGCAAAAUUUUCAGUAAAUAGGAGAAAUUUACUGGUCUCGAUUUGUUUGAUACUGGUCUUAAUUUACGAAUGCACAUUGACCGCUUAUCCAAGGAUAGAGGAUUUAUGUCAUUGGUUAUAUGAUUAAACUGUGUCUAUCAUCAGUAACUCACAGGUGAAGCUGUGCAACUAUCUGUGAUAGACAAUACCAGUAGAAAACACUCUUUUCGUGUCUGGUGCAUGUAUAGAAAACCAGUAUGUACGGUACAUGUACAGAAAACGAGUUAUGUACAGUACAUAUGUGGAGAACAUGCUGUGUAUGGUACAUGUACAGAAAACGUAUUGUGAGGUAAACUAAAACAUUCCUCCGUCGUACGUGUCGAAUGCAAUAAGAAAAACGUUCUUCGUGUAGUGUUCAGCAGUAACUCAUCUAAAGACAACUGUGCCAACAGGAAGAAAAUGGUAAACUCUGUCUUUAUAUAAACCUCUCAAGGAUUAAAAUGUUGCUGUUGGAUAUGCUAUAAUGAAAUCCAGUUGAUCAAUAGCAUAAACGAACCCCCAAGAAGCUAUAAGAAAAUAAAUGUUCCAUAUUUCGGUCUCAUACUGAGGUCCUCUUCAAUUUGCUAAAGAUGGAUUUAAUGUAAAUUAUACAGUAGUACUUGUCGUUUUUUAAUGAUGCAUUGUGGGUUCGUUCCUAUCGUUCAAGAAGUAUAGAAAAUGAAGGGUAGAUUAGUGACUGCCAGAAUUUUGUUACCUUGUCAGUGCAAGAGGUAGCAACGAGUAUUAUAGUAACACCUUUGUGUCAUGUUGCUUAAAUUUACAAUAGGGUUCACAUUAAGAUUCGGGCCAUCUCCUCAUGAGAAAAAAAGAUAAAUUAGUUAUGCAAAUUAUUGACAGAAUAAUUUCUAAUUUUCAAGCAAAUCUCACCGACUAUCUUACCAAAUCAUGCAAAAAUUUUCGUAACAAAAUAUAGAUUGUUUUGUCUAUCUUAACUUAAAAUUUGCAUAACACUAUUUAGAUGUAUUUUCUUGGGGGUGAGCAAAUCUUAUGGUGACCCAACAACAUUGUUGAGCUUUCCAAGAUUUCCAUACGUUUUAUAAUCAUCAUUUAUUUGCCUACAGAGUUAUGGGAAAGAAAAUAUAAAAAAAAGAAAUUGGCAUUCUUUUGUUUGGUAGUUUAGAGAAAUUAAUAUGGGAACAUAACUUUCCCCAUUGUGAUGGCUGGUGUUCUUAAUCUGGUGAGUUAACAAGUCACUUAAUGCUCGUUUUCAUGUGUCCCGCCUCAAAUAUAUCUAGAGGGGUAACCAAUAAUUUGUGUCCUGUUGUUCAUCAGUGAUGUUCUUUAAAAAUUUUCAACCUGCUGAUCAUUCCUUUUAUAAAUUUUAAGUGUUAAAAGUCAAAAUUACUGUAAAAUGCAUUGUAAAUAUGGCAAAUGUGUGUAUAUAUAAAUAUAUAUAUAUGCACUUGGGUGGGAAUCGAACCCAUGGCACCACGUGUACAGGUCGAGCGCUCAACAAGUGAGUCAUGUUGGUUGCUAAAUAAA